AUGCUUCUGCCAGUUUUAAUUCUUUACCUGCUGGCCUUUGGCGGCGCUCUCGCUGCGCUUUCAGAUUAUAGAAGCGCUACAGCGCAACUAAAACGUUUACAUGCAGAGCUCAGUGCUGACGAGCGGCCUAGUAAUGACAACGGGAUGGCCGGCACCGCGGCUAGUGGGACAGCUGCUGCUGCAGGUGACGGCGAGCAGAACCUGCGAUACUUCACCCGACGACAGCUUCAAGCAGAUUCGCUUCCGCCUCCACCUCCAACCAUGCCCUGGCUACGCUUUUAUGCUGCAUGGUACAAGGGGGCAGCCGCGCGAUCCAUCCCCAGCCUUAAAAGUUGCUGGUCGGAAUAG